AUGGCAUUCUCAUACGAUCCAAAUCAACAGGGGCAAUUUUCUCAAGAUAAUGGCAAUGGUCUGCACCAGGAUGGACCUCAAGGCAUGAAUCCGCAACAACCAAUUCAGCAGGGUGUUCAGGAAAACGGAUCUCCUGCAGCCUUUGUACAACAAGGCGGUGUUGACGGAAAUGGCGGGAGCGUAGCCGGUGAUGCAAAGACUACCCUUUGGAUGGGUGAGCUUGAACCAUGGAUUGACGAAAACUUUAUAAGAUCAGUCUGGUUCGGAAUGGGCGAAACCGUAAAUGUCAAGAUGAUUCGCGACAAAUUUUCUGGCAACGCCGGAUAUUGUUUCAUUGAUUUCACAUCUCCAGCAGCAGCUGCAAAGGCUCUUUCACUAAAUGGAUCUAUGAUUCCUAAUACUUCGCGUCCUUUUAAACUCAACUGGGCAUCCGGAGGAGGCCUUACAGACAGACGGGAUGAAAGAGGUCCAGAGUUUUCUAUUUUUGUCGGUGAUCUUGGACCAGAGGUUAAUGAGUACGUUCUGGUAUCGCUUUUUCAAGCUCGUUUUCCUUCUUGUAAGUCAGCCAAAAUUAUGACUGAUCCUAUUUCCGGAAUGUCACGCGGCUAUGGAUUUGUUCGCUUUGCCGACGAACAAGAUCAACAACGGGCCCUCACGGAAAUGCAAGGUGUCUACUGCGGUAAUCGUCCAAUGCGAAUAUCAACUGCUACUCCGAAAAAUAAGUCAGGAGCAGCAGGAGGCCCUGUCAACAUAACAAUGGUUCCUCAGGGCGGAAUGGGAGCGGCAUCUGGUAUGUACGGUAUGGGGGCACCCCCCCCUAUGGGCUAUUAUGGAGCUCCUCAGCCGAUGAAUCAAUUCACUGACCCCAACAACACAACUGUAUUUGUCGGAGGUCUCUCUGGAUAUGUUACCGAAGAUGAAUUGCGCUCUUUUUUCCAGGGGUUCGGCGAAAUAACAUACGUGAAGAUUCCACCGGGAAAGGGAUGCGGAUUUGUUCAAUUUGUACAAAGACAUGCAGCAGAGAUGGCUAUCAACCAAAUGCAAGGCUAUCCUAUUGGAAACUCCCGUGUUCGCCUCUCAUGGGGAAGAUCCCAGAAUAACUCUGGGCCAGCUGGAACUCCUUACCGUCCUGCACCCCCGCCUCCGCAAUAUAACACCAUGGGAAUGCCACCAGCACAGCAUUAUGCUCAAUUUCAGUAA